AUGCGAGCAAAAACCCCCACGGUCCUUGGUUUCCUUACCGCGACCGACCCAGCGGACUCAGACGCAACACCGUCACCCUCCGGUACCUCGGAGCCCAGCUCGUCGAGUAGCAUAAGUGCAGGUGCGGCCGCGGGCAUUGGGGUUGGGUCUGCGGCCGGUGUUAUGCUCAUAGCAUUGCUGGGAUGGUUCUUCCUCCUUCGAAGGAAGAAGGCAGAGUCGAAUACUCCCCUAGUCGCCGAGUAUCCCGUACAAACCAGUGAUACGAAAGAUAUGCCCCGUAACGCGCAGCCCCAGGAAUUAUACGGGGAAGCGGCGAGAGAACUUCCGGGUUAA